UUCCCUCGUCCACCAAUGUCAGCCGUCCCUACACGAACUUUGUUGGUGCAGGCGAUGUUUAGUUGGCAACUGUGAUGUGGUUUGCACAUAAUAAUCCGUGACAAAACUGAAUAGUGAAUGUUCUCGUGACUGGAUGUGGAAGUGCACACAACGUAAGUCGAUUGUGUUACUUGUGUGGUUCGAGGUGAAAUACGCAACAUUAGUGGAUUAUGAGUGUUACUUCUUUGAGCAGGCAGUAAAUAAUGCUGCUUGCUUGUCCAUGAGCGUGGCGAGUGGGCUGUAAUGGUUCCUGUAUCGUCUGUGUGAAAGUUAUCUCCAAGUCGACAAAGACGUUACAGUAAAUUCCUCCAUACGACAAAAGAAUAAAACGAUAUGAGGAAGGAAGAUACCUUUGGAGCUGAUGAUGGAUCUAACAGAAGUAGCUCAGAGGUCGAAGACCAUGACUAUGAAGAAGUUCCCACACACAUCACGACUCAAGUUUCGACAUGCGGUCUGCACAGUGUCGGGUCCCCAUCCAAUAUCCACAUGGAAAACAACAGUGAUGUUCAUAUCGGUUCCCGGCUGCAUUACAACGCCCCUGUCACCAUCAACCAGUAUGUAAGUGUACUGGGAAAUAGUGACGUCACACAGAACAGCAUCCUACACGAUGCCGUCAGGGCACCGAUGCAUGGACUGGACACCAGCGAGAACAUAUCACAAGCCACUCCGAUUGUCCCAAACGAGAAGGGACAGGGCGUAUCGAACGAUGGUUCUCGUCACUGUAACAGGGCAGCAACGAAUUGUAACAAAGGGAUCUCUUUUUUCCUUCACCGUCCGAUCUGCCUGGGAACUCUGGUUGUCGCCCUGCUGCUGCUGCUGGUAAUCCUAAUAAGUGCCACCGUUCACUUCUCGUCCAGGAAUGAAGACGAUCUUCCAAAAAACACCUUUUAUCCACCUCCAAAUGAUCCAGAACCGGAUCCUAAUACAACUCUACCAGGAGGUCACCAUAUAUACUCUAAAACAGAUUGGAAUGGUGCGCCAGCAAAAUAUGAAAGACGGCUUCAGCUUCCGACUCCAUACGUUGUCAUCUCCCACACCGCUUCAGAAGCGUGCUUCAGUUAUACUGUGUGUGCAGCUAAAAUGAGAAACUUCCAAGAUUUACACAUCGGAGGUGAUCUCAACCUUCCAGAUAUUGGCUAUAGCUUCGUGGUUGGUGGGGAUGGAAAUGUAUAUGAGGGGAGAGGGUGGGACGUCACAAAUAUGCAUACUGGAUUUGUGACACGCUGUAAUAUUGGAAUAUCUUUUAUUGGUAAUUUUAUUCGUGAUACGCCAACGAAUGGUCAGAUAGAAGCAGUACAGGAACUUAUUAAGCUUGGUGUGAAAAUGGGAAAGAUUGACGAAAAGUAUAAACUGGUAGCGAUGAAUGAGACAUAUAAUACAUUGAGCCCUGGAGUGGUUUUGUACGCUAUAAUUUCAAAAUGGCCUCAUUUCUGGAAACCUACGCGUGAAGAUAUAGGAAUGUGCCCAUUUCGUGUAUAGUUUUGCAGCUUCGUUUAAAUUGUGAGAGAUUAUGAUUUCAUUCACUUACUCCUUAUGAUCUCCAUUGAGAGAGUUGGCAUUGUUCGUUGUAAAUACAUAUUCAUGAUUAUGCAUCUUCA